CAGGAAGGUCGUUGAGAGUCAUAUACAGGUCGCGCAGAUCCAACACUUCAGCUGAAAACAAUGCUCGGACAAGCUGUUCGUCGGUUUGCCACGUCCGCGGUUCGCUCCAGUCACUAUGCGGAGGGACCAGGAAAGAACCUGCCUUUCUCAGUAGAGAACAAGUGGAGGCUUCUUGGCAUGAUGGUGCUGUUCUUCGGCAGUGGAUUCGCCUUCCCCUUCAUUGUUGUCAGGCAUCAGAUCCUGAAGAAGUGAAGCUCCUACCAGUCAUACAUUGUCGGGUGUGAUUCUUGCACAACACAGCUCUGUUUCUUCUGGUGUGGAUUCUAUUAUGUUAUUGUAAAUAAAAUGACCAGUUAAAUAC